AUCUUCUUUGUGGGCAAGCGGGCUUAGCGCCUCGGCCAAUGAGAACUCGGAUCACGUGAUCGCGGAGGCAUAGAUAGAAGAACUCUUCAUUCCACGUGGGACUGGGAGCCCUGGUCAUCAUGUUGCGCCGGGAAGCCCGUCAGAGGCGAGAGUAUCUCUACCGGAAAGCCCAAGAGGAGAAGCUGAGGACUCUCCAGGAGAAGAAGGAAAAAAUAAAGAAAGUGCUAGAUGAGAACUGCCUCAUCCCCACAGAACUGCGGAAGGAGGCUCUUCAACUCCAGAAGGCACUUGAAUUUGAUGAUGGAGGUGGAGAAGGAGUGACAAGUCAUGUGGAUGAUGAGUACCGCUGGGCUGGUGUGGAGGAUCCUCGCAUUAUGGUUACAACCUCUCGUGAUCCCAGUUCUCGUCUCAAGAUGUUUGCCAAAGAGAUCAAGCUGAUAUUCCCUGGAGCCCAACGUAUGAACCGAGGACGACAUGAAAUGGGUGCCCUGGUCCGUGCCUGUAAGGCCAAUGGGGUCACCGAUCUGCUGAUAGUGCAUGAGCACCGAGGCGUACCUGAUGGUCUUAUAGUCAGCCACUUGCCCUUUGGCCCUACGGCUUACUUUACACUUUGCAACGUGGUCAUGCGCCAUGACAUCCCGGACAUUGGUACCAUGUCAGAGGCCCACCCCCACCUCAUCUUUCACAACUUCACAUCCCGACUUGGACAACGGGUUACCAGCAUCCUGAAAUACUUGUUUCCGGUGCCAAAAGAGGACAGCAAACGAGUCAUCACCUUUGCCAACCAAGAGGACUACAUCUCUUUCCGGCAUCAUGUUUACAAGAAGACUGAUCACCGGAAUGUGGAGCUUACUGAAGUUGGGCCACGAUUUGAAAUGAAAUUAUAUAUGAUCAAACUGGGAAGCUUGGAGCAGGAGAACACAGCUGAUGUAGAGUGGCGCUGGCACCCGUAUACCCGCACAGCCAAGAAGCAGAAGUUCCUCAGCACUGAAUAGUUCCAUGAAUUCCAAAUUGCACCUCUUCUCCUCUCUUGUAGGACUUCUUCAAUAUCAAGGUGCUUUGAUGUGCUGACAGGAGAAGAUGCCCUGGAUUCUUUGGAUUAUCAUCAUGAACAUCAUUCCCUUCUGCCGCUCUUUGAAUUAAAAAUGGCCAUGGCCCAUGUGGAUCAAGCUGCA